AAAUUAGAAAACAGUUCCACCAGUUCUUGGUCCUCCUCAGAGAGGCAGGAUUGGGACAGCUUAUCACCAUGGCGGGAUUGGACCACAAGGAAUCUCCGUUCUCCCAGGGGCUGGCCCACACCAAGCAGCAGUCCGCCCAGAGAACCACUAAACCGCUGUACACCUCCAGCCCUUCAAAGAUCCCCACCCGCCCCGCAAAGCCCACAAUGAAAGCUUCCUACUUUGGUGAUAUCUCGGCUGUAGGGAGGGUGGGUACCUCUGCUUCAGGACCUAAGGGUGGAGAUAGCGAUGCCAACUUGUCCGCCUUCGACAAGAAAUUUCGAGAUUUCCACGACGGGUCUUUCAUUAACGAGGAAAAGUACAUGAGGAAUGUUGAUCCCACCAUGGAAGGGGAAUACCAGGACAGUAGUUAUGAUCGUGGGCCGAUGAAGAAAGACGAACUGUACGAGAGGAUUCUUCACGAGACGAGCGGAAUGUUUUCCCACAUGGGACAGGACAACUCCACCGUGGCGGACAUUUUUCCACCCAAAGAUAUAAGCCAGUCGGAAAAGAUGGACUUUUCCACCAAAGGGAGGGUUUCUCCAAGAGACAAAUCAGGGGAGCAGAACGGGAAAAAGCACGGAGAGGCGAGAAAAGACAGCAAGACGGAUCUGUUUUCCGAGGACCAUUCUCGCGGAUUACGAGAGGAAAUACUACAAGAUCUGCCUGAAUUCGAAACCAGCGAGACUGAAGUCUCUGAAUUACCCAGCAGGCCAAAGCCUCAGCCCAGGGGCAGGAAGCUCAGUGACGACGACAGCAGGGCUCGCUCAAAGCGAGACAAUCUGAGCGAGAAGGAAUCUCCGGAGCACAAGUCACGGAUGAGCGAUUACAACUAUAGCAUGGACAGUUUCGAUCAGUCUUACAUCAGUGAGAGAGGUGAACUUGUACAGGAUCUGAACCUGCUGGAGAGUAGGGGAUCACCUACCCCCGAAUUCAUUGACAGUGAGAAUGAGGACUUUUGAUUGGGCAGUGGGAUUUUUUUCAUCCCACCCCUUUUAAAUGAUUGACAGCAAGUUCAAAAUAGAGACAUAGUGAUUGACGACAAAAUUUGACUGUUUUAUAUAGUUUAAGGGUUACUUAAAGAGGAUGUACACAUGUACUAUGAGAAUGGAAAGGAAUGAAUAUGUUCUGUAAAUCUUUGUAGAUAUACAAUUUAUGAUUAUGAAAAACUAAUCUACAUAUGUAGAAUGUGCUUGUAAGAGAGAACAAGACAACCUUUUUGCAGACUACAAAACCUAAGUUUGUGUUGAAUGCAUUAUCACAGAGGAAGGGAGAUAACCUUAUCUUAUCUGUAUAGAUGGAUCUACCGUGUACUAAUUUUUUUCAAUACAUGGUAGCAUUGUCAUUUUUUUUGGUUUAACUUUUAUAAAAUGUAAAUAUUAGUACUCAUUUGAUCCGUCCAUGUUUUUCACUGUGAACUGUAUAGUUUUGUGCAGAAAUGCACCUAUUUUACAGGAAACUGCUUUUGUUUUCAAAUAUUGAAAAACAAAAAAUGUACAUUUUAUUUUUUUACAAGCUUGCCUCUGUAUAAAGAUCUGAAUAAGUUAAAUUUUUUUUUGUCUUUUGCAAAAAAACGAAUUUUCUUCUUAUUUAUUUAUUAACUUCUAAAUGCAUGUAAAUGUAUUUAUUUAUUUUUGAUGUUUCUUUUAUGCAUUUAUCAUUUUGAUAAUUUUUUCUCUUGCAACAUGUUCAUGUAUAUCUCCCCCUAACUUAGACAUUAUUGUAGAUGUUAUGCAAUAAAAGGAAAUUAAACCACAA